CCUGUUAGCACACAUACCGAUAACGUGAUGCUGAUAACAGUUCAAGGUGACAAGAUAUGCUGCUCGAGAUAUAAAACACAAGUGUAUGCUUAAAAAGGUAAUACUGUUGUAAGAGGAAAGAGACCAAAAUGGAAAUCUUCGGUAUUUUCGUGCCUUCCUGGGUUAUCUUAUUGCUGGUUGCCAUCAUCUUGUAUACGUACAUGAUGAGCCGUGACUUCUGGACAUUCAAGAAGAUGGGGAUACCUGGACCGACACCUCGGCCAAUUUUAGGCAACCUGGCUGCCAUGGUGAAGGAGGGUAUCCGUGAUUUCGACCGAAAAGCGCUUCAGAAAUAUGGAAAAGUUUACGGACAUUUUGAUGGGCUGUCUACGAACUUAGUUGUUGCAGAUAAAGAGAUGUUAAGAGAAAUACUUGUGAAGCAGUUCAACAACUUUGUGGAUAGAAGGACACUGGACGGAUUCGCCGGAGAUUUAGAACAUGGGCUAACUAAUGUCAAAGGAGCUCACUGGAAACACAACAGAAGUAUUAUCACUCCAACAUUUUCAUCUGGGAAACUUCGUCAGAUGAUGCCACUUAUUCAGGAAGCAUGUGAAACACUAAUUCAAACGACUCGGAAGGCCGUUUAUAAUGGGGAGAAUGGUCAAGUAGAAAUGAGAAGGUUAUUUGCUGGCUACACCAUGGACGUGAUCAGUUCCACGGCGUUCGGUAUCCACGUAGAUUCCCAGAGUAACCCGGAUGAUCUCUUCGUAAUGCAUUCUAAGAAGAUGUUCGACUUUACAAUGACUAAACCUUGGAUGCUCGUUGUGUUAUUCCUUCCGAUGUUGAAACCCCUGUUAAAACAACUUGGUGUCGGUCUUUUCCCAAAAGAUAGCAUGGCCUACUUCCGUAAACUUACAACCCAGCUUGUAGAUGAAAGGAGAAGAAACAAGGUGGAAGGUCGCAAGGAUUUCCUUCAGCUGGUAGUUGAUACUCAGGAAUGUAGACUGGAACUUGAUCAAGAGGAUGAGGAUUCGAAAGAGCAGAUCACUUUUUUAGAUAAAAAUCACCAGAAAGGCCUGACGUUUGACGAAAUUCUUGGAAAUUCCGAAUUGUUCUUUGUUGCCGGCUACGAAACAACGGCUAUAACACUGACAAUGGCAGCAUUUAACCUCGCUACCAACCCAGAAUGCCAGGAUAAGUUACGUGAAGAAAUUGAGGAAGAACUUGGAUCGGACCCAUGCGAUUCAGAGAACAUCAAGAAACUUCAGUACCUCGACAUGUGUAUCAACGAAACCCUAAGAAUGUACCCUCCAGCCAUGAGAUUCAACAGAAUGUGUGUUAAAACUACAACGGUCAAGGACAUCACUAUACCAUCUGGGAUGGCGGUGACAGUACCGGUUUAUGCGAUGCAUCAUGAUCCGGAUGUUUGGGAGAAACCGGAAAUUUUUAAUCCAGAAAGGUUUUCCCCAUCUCAAAAAGAACACCACGAUCCGAUGGACUUCCUACCUUUUGGAUACGGACCCCGUAACUGUAUCGGCAUGCGACUCGCUCUAAUGGAGGCUAAGAUGGCAACCGCUUAUCUUGUGCGCAACUUCCGGUUGUGUGUCGGCAAUAAAACUGACAUUCCACCCAAGAUGGAAGAAAGGCCUAUAUUGAAGCCUAUACAUUCAUGGUUAAAGUUAGAAGCGAUCAUUACCACUGUUCAGGAAAACAUCAAAAACAAAAUGGAUAUCUUCGGUAUCACCGUCCCUGCCUGGGCUAUCCUGCUGAUAGUGGCCAUCCUAUUGUACACGUACAUGAUGAGCCGUGACUUCUGGACAUUCAAGAAGAUGGGGAUACCUGGACCGACACCUCGACCAAUUGUUGGUAACAUGGUUACCAUGGUGAGGGAGGGCAUCCGUGAAUUUGACCGAAAAGCAAUUAAGAAAUAUGGAAAAGUUUACGGACAUUUUGAUGUGAUAUCAACGAACUUAGUGGUUGCAGAUAAAGAGAUGUUAAGGGAAAUCCUUGUGAAGCAGUUCAGCAACUUUGUGGACAGAAGGACACUGGGCGGACUCAGCGGAGAUUUGGAACAUGGACUAACUAAUGUCAAAGGAGCUCACUGGAAACACAACAGAAGUAUUAUCACUCCAACAUUUUCAUCUGGGAAACUUCGUCAGAUGAUUCCACUAAUCCAGGAAGCGUGUGAAACACUAAUUCAAACGGCUCGGAAGGCCGUAAAUAAUGGGGAAAAUGGCCAAGUGGAAAUGAGAAGGUUAUUUGCUGGCUACACCAUGGAUGUGAUAAGUUCCACGGCGUUCGGUAUCCACGUAGAUUCCCAGAGUAACCCGGAUGAUCUCUUCGUAAUGCAUUCUAAGAAGAUGUUCGACUUUACAAUGACUAAACCUUGGAUGCUCGUUGUGUUAUUUCUUCCGAUGGUAAGAUCCUUGUUAAAAACACUUGGCGUCAGCGUUUUCCCAAAAGAUAGCAUGGCCUACUUCCGUAAACUUACUAGUCAGCUUGUAGAUGAAAGGAGGAGAAACAAGGCGAAAGGUCGCAAGGAUUUCCUUCAGCUGGUAGUCGAUGCUCAGGAAGGUAGACUGGAACUGGAUCCUGAGGAUGAGGAUUUGAAAGAGCAGAUCACUUGUUUAGAUAAAAAUCGCGAGAAAGGCCUGACGUUUGAUGAAAUUCUGGGGAAUUCUGAAGUGUUCUUUGUUGCCGGCUACGAAACGACGGCUAUAACACUGACAAUGACAGCAUUUAACCUUGCUACCAACCCAGAAUGCCAGGAUAAGUUACGUGAAGAAAUUGAGGAAGAACUUGGAUCGGAUCCAUGCGACGCAGAGAACAUCAAGAAACUUCAGUACCUCGACAUGUGUAUCAACGAGACCCUAAGAAUGUACCCUCCAGCUAUGAGAUUCAACAGAAUGUGUGUUAAAACUACAACAGUCAAGGACAUCACUAUACCAUCUGGGAUGGCGGUGACAGUACCGGUUUAUGCGAUGCAUCAUGAUCCGGAUGUUUGGGAAAAACCGGAAAUUUUUAAUCCAGAAAGGUUUUCCCCAUCUCAAAGAGAACACCACGAUCCGAUGGACUUCAUACCUUUUGGAUAUGGACCCCGUAACUGUAUCGGCAUGCGACUCGCUCUAAUGGAGGCUAAAAUGGCAACCACUUAUCUCGUGCGCAACUUCCGCUUGUGUGUCGGCAAUAAAACUGACAUUCCACCGAAGAUGGAAGAAAGGCCUAUAUUGAAGCCUAUACAUUCAUGGUUAAAGUUAGAAGCGAUCAUGUGAGCGGCCAGCAGUUGCCAUCCGAUUUCUGUCUUGAUUGGGACCUUCCAGACAGAACCCGUUAAGCCAUACUAACAUAAUUUUAUACAUAAACGUUGUAAAUGAU